ACAGCCGCUGAUCGUUCGCAGUUCGUCGGUGACUCAGAGCCUCGGCGCUUGCGCGACACACUGCGCACUUUGGCUGUGACAGAGUCGUUCAACAGUUCAGGCAGAGUCUGAACACAUCCACAUCCGGGUAACACGACGCCUCGCUUGAGAGAAGAAGCGCCAGUCUGCAUCUGACCUGAGAUCAGCUCGCGCAGCGCAGACCACCCCGCCACCGUCUGACACAGGACCGAUCCCAGAUCAUCCUUCAACCGCGGAAAGCCACCCGACAGCGAGUUUGUGCUACAAACCCAUCAUGUCUUUUGCAGAUAUACGCGUUUGAGUCAGGCAGUGUUUAAUUCGCUUAUGCACACAUUCCGCUGACGUUCAGCGCGGCGCGCGCACGCACGCACACACACACACACACACAGAGAGUCUGCUGCUCGCUAACACACACACAUACACAGAGCCACAGCAGCCGCGGAAGACACAGUUACAUCGCAGCACUGUUCUAAAGCAAGAAGUCUACGGCCACAACCAUGCCACUAUUUGGUAAAUCUCACAAGAACCCCACAGAAAUUGUGAAGACCCUGAAGGACAACCUCUCAAUCCUGGUGAAGCAGGACAAGAAGACAGAGAAGGCUUCAGAGGAGGUGUCGAAAUGUCUGGUGGCGAUGAAAGAGAUCCUGUACGGCACUAACGACAAGGAGCCACACACAGAAACGGUGGCCCAACUGGCCCAAGAGCUCUACAACAGCGGCCUGCUCAUCUCACUGGUGGAAAACCUGCAAGUCAUCGAUUUUGAGGGUAAAAAGGACGUUUGUCAGAUCUUCAACAACAUCCUGCGCAGGCAGAUCGGGACCCGCAGCCCAACAGUGGAAUAUUUCUGCUCUCAUCAGGAAGUUCUUUUCAUCUUACUCAAAGGGUAUGAGACUCCUCAGGUGGCAUUGAAUUGUGGGAUUAUGCUGCGCGAGUGCAUCCGGCAUGAACCUCUUGCCAAAAUCGUCCUCCAAUCUGAACACUUUAAAGAUUUCUUCAGUUACGUGGAGAUGUCCACAUUUGACAUCGCCUCUGACGCGUUUGCCACCUUCAAGGACCUACUCACAAGACACAAGGUUCUGGUGGCGGAAUUUUUAGAACAGAACUAUGACGCGGUUUUUGAUAACUAUGAGAAACUGCUUCACUCUGAGAACUACGUGACCAAGAGACAGUCGUUGAAGCUGCUGGGUGAACUGCUCCUGGACAGACACAACUUCACAGUCAUGACACGGUACAUCAGUAAACCAGAGAACCUGAAGCUCAUGAUGAACCUCCUGAGAGACAAGAGCCCCAACAUUCAGUUUGAGGCUUUCCAUGUCUUCAAGGUGUUUGUGGCCAAUCCAAAUAAAACACAGCCCAUCGUAGACAUUCUAUUGAAGAACCAAACGAAACUCAUCGACUUCCUUAGCAACUUUCAGAAGGAUCGCACAGACGACGAGCAGUUUAACGAUGAAAAGACGUACCUCGUCAAACAAAUACGAGACCUAAAGAAGCCAGCCUCCUAAACUCUAGCUAUUGCAGUAUUAGGAAAUAAAACAACAAAAAAACACAAAAAAUAUAUUAACAAUAAUAAUUCUAUUUAAAAUCUUGAAUAAUUUUGUCUUUUCUUAGUUCUGAGGCUUACAAAAGAAGGUUCCUGAUCAUUGAUGUUCUCUGUUCUUAUUUGCUUUUCUUUUUCCUUCAUUCAUGUUUUAUUUUAUCGCAAACUCUCGUGCCAUGAUAGGAUGGUUUAAAAGUAGGAAUCAGCCAGUUUGAGUUAUGGGAAGAACCGUCUAAGAACAUCAAGUCACCGUGCAGAUGAGGAAGUACAGGUAAACUUUCAUUUUCCGUUUCCGGAUGGUUUUGGCGAGCCUGGACACUCUACGUUCUCCGUGGCACCAACAGCGCCACAACACGGCGGUUUCGCUAUACUAGAAGAGAUUGUGUUAUUUGAAUAUUGCUGGAAAAGAGGUGAAAUUCCCAAAAGAUUAAUUACGAGCUGUUGAUUUUUCUGUUGAAGACUUGUAACUGCACUAAUCUUCGUUCUUGCAUUCCUCCUUUGUCGACUUUUCAUGGCUUUUCUCUGGCAUCAGCGUCUGCUUUUAUUUCAUUCGCCCAAACACUACAAACCUGAUGAUUUCCUCCCUGUUCUCUUUAUUCUGUUCGUGUUUUAUAAGAAUUAUUUAGAAGGAUGAAUUCAUUUAUCAGUAUUUUAAUUAUUGUUUAUCUGAGCUGAAACAGAAAGAGCAUCUGUGGGUCUUCAUGUACAUUUUGAGUUGCUGCCAGGCCGUUUCUCUGAUCGGAAAGCAUCGCUAUUUUGUUUUAUAUAUUUUUAUUUGAUGUUUACCUAGGUUUAAAAAAAGACAAACGCUGAUUUUACUCUUAAGGUGGUUGCCGUUUUAGAAGAAUCUUGAAAAAUCAACUGUGGCACUAAGUGAACCGGUGUAUAUUCCAACUCGUCGAUUUCCUGUAGAUCAGUGAGGUAUAGCUAUAGUGCUGUGGUAUUACUAUUGUAUGCUCUGUACUAUAGUAACCCUAGUGCUAUAAGUAUUUCUUAACUUUAGUACGUCAUACUAAAGUGCGUCUUAUACUGUAGUGCAGCUGUAGUAUUAUAUUCAUUUCUAUACUAUAGUAUACCUUUUACUGUAGUAUGUAUUUCGUGCUAUAACCCAUGAUUCAUCUGUCUUUGAUUUUUGACAGAGGUAGAUUGUUGCAUAGCUGAAAAACAAGAUGAAAUGAGGACACAAAUGUACAAACAGGUGCCUUUUGUUCUUGAGUUGUUAAUUUACUCUUUUGCUCACUUUUUUUUUUUUAUUUGAGAAGAAAUUUUGGAAGGGGGAGCUUAAUUUCGUUUUAUUGUUUUUAAUAUGUUCUCAUUGAGCAUAUUUAGCUUGAUUAAGCAAUGAACCUCUUUAACUCACUAUAUUUGAGUUAUGCUGUUGAAGAAAAUUCAUUAAAUUUCAUUCUUUUUUCCUCUACAGUUGAUUGAUUGUUUUAUUACGAUCGUCUUUAGGUUUAUGGGAUGAAAUAUGCUUUGGUGGUUAAGACCCAUCACUCACAGUGUGACGCAAAUUCAUUUGUUCUCUAAAGCAACUAUUUUCAAAUUAUUCGCAUGAAGCCAAAUUUCUUAAAUAUAUUUGUCAGCAGUUACAUUGAAGAUGCCAAAACAUGUUCAAAAUUUGAAUUCAAAUUUUUCCUACUACACAUACAGGUGCAGUGUCCAUCUGAAAUGCUAAUAGUACCAUUUCAAUAAAGACCAACUGAAGCAUUA